AGCGCAACCUUGUCAGCUAGACUGCAGGACAUGUGGCUGAGACUUUCUGAAAUCUAUGCCUCAUUUUUAGCUAAAAAUAAUUCGCAGAUAUCUUCAUUCAGCCGGACAGUACAGCAAGGGCUUGGACGCUAAAACACCUCACCGAGUAUAUUUAGCCUCAACUCCGUUCAAAGUUGUGAUCAGGACCACCAGGGGCUGGACAUGACUGGAGCUGGAAGUGGUGGCCAGGGCUCGUCUGAUGGGUCCGAUGCUGAGGAGCCGGAGAAGUGUCCAGUGUGCCUGGGCUGCCUGGCUGGAGGAGAGCUCGCCAUGCCAGACAGCUGCUGCCAUGUUUUCUGCCUCAGAUGUCUCCUCACAUGGGCAGAGAUGUCUCCUUCAUGCCCUGUGGACAGAAGACCAUUCACUAAUGUUUACAGAUGGGAUGUCAACUUUGGCCUCGUGCAGAUUCCUGUAAGGAGGCAAACGACUCAAACAGAAGCUGACAGUUGCUGCUGUCGAAAGCCUGAACAAAAAGUCUGUCUCAAAAACAAGCCCGCUAGGAGACUACGGCAGCAGAAAACAGAGAGGAAAUCAGACGUCAAAACUAGAGGGCUCGUGCGAAAGUGUAAUGACGAGGAGCCAUCUUCCCUGAGCAGAAAAAAGGUGAGGGGAACAGAGUGCUCCACAUGGUCUCCGUCGCCCUGUGUCUCCGUAACAACACCAAUACAGGACAUUGCAGAUCCUGGUUGGUUAGCAGAGCACCUACCAUAUGACACUGGAUUCAAACAGUGCAAGCUGCAGGCGCAGCGUUGUCCUUGGUUCUCCUCUGCUGCUCCCAUUCCCGCUGAUGGCACCUCAAGGCAGCGUUUUCCUGGUUGGAACAACUCAUCUCCAUUUAGACUCAUCUCAUCUCCCUUGAUCUCCAGCUCACCAUUUAACUCGAGUAAUUUUGUAUUUCAGGGUGUUGCCUGCGCCGUCACGUGUCCUAAAGGAGGAGAGAAGCGGGGUAGCAGAUCAUCAACGUCUAAAGCACCCACCAAAGAGUCAGGGUCUAUACCCUCCAGAAGAUCUAGACGCAACACUAAAAGUCAGGAAGAGACUCCUGCAUCAGAGCCCAAAUCACAGACACAGACCAGUUUGUCAGACUCAGACUCAUCUGCCGGACAAUCUUCCAAGCCAAGCAAACCUUCUCCAGCGCCGACGAAGAGGAAAGGGAAACGGGUAACAAACAGAAAGGCCAGUGGCAAACGGAAAGCCACAAGAAAAAACAGCAGCAGCCCACCAGCCAGCGAGGAGGAGGGGGAUGGAGAUGAUAAGGUUGAGAAGGAAGAUCAAGAGGGUUUAUCUAAACAAGAUGAUGAUAUGAACAACUCAGAUCUGCAGCAGACUAAUACUGAAAAUAGCCUCAAAGAAGAGCUGAAUGGAUGCAACUCUACUGAUGAGCAAGGAGGCCUGAGCUCUGUAAACAGUGUCGAGCAGAUCGAGGUGACUCAAGAAGAAUCCCAUAAACCGCAAGAGGAAGAGACAGCUGGCGAAGAAACAAAUGACCUCUCCAGUUUUCCAGGCUCGACUCAAAACAGCCCCGUUUCGACCUGCGAGGAAACCCUCAGCAAAAAAGAAGAGCCGGUCAGCCCUGUUUCCAGUGCAGAAAAAGAGCUUGAUGAACAGAAUUUACAAUCUCCCCCUGACUCUCGGAUCACCCUGCUGGAAGACCAGGUGUCUCUACAGAGUGAUGAGCAGGAACAGGAUGAUAAUAUGGAAAUUGGUGAAUCAUCAGAGGAAGCCAAAGCAGAAGAAUCUUCUAAGGAUUUAAAAGAUAUGUGCAAAGACUCAGUUGAUGAAGAUGCAUCUGAAGACAUCAGUGUUGAAAUACCCAAAUCACAGGAGUGUUCAGGAGUUAAAAGUUUUGUAGAAGUAGCUAAGGCAGAGCCUACACCCAAACAGGAUGUUGUGGCCAAAGAGGAAGUGUUAAUGGACCCUACCAUCCAAGAGGAGGCCAUUAUGAAGGAGCACUCUGCAGCCCAACAGGAGGCCAUAACCAAGGAGAACUCUAUGGUCAUCGAAGAAACCGUAACAAUGGAGAACUCUACGGCUCAAGUGGAGGCUUUAACAAAGGAGGACUUUGUGGCCAAAGAGGAGGGCACAACCAAUGAGAAAUCCCCAAUAAAAGAGGAAGCCAUAACAAAAGAGAAUGACACACCAAAGGACAACAUCAAGUCCAACAAUGAUUCUGCGCCCAGUUAUGAUUGCACAACCAAGGAUGACACAAAUGUUGUCCCAAUGGAUUGCAGCUCACCCACGAGUGAGCAUGGGAGCAAUUCCUUUUUGGAACUGACAAGUGACAAGGAUUAUCUUACUGACGUCGUAACGCCUGCUACUGUUCCCGAAACCCAAGUCAACAAGAAUGCCAGGGAACAAAGGGAGAGGGAAAGGAGCCAAGAGAGAAGGAAUGGCAAGCAGCGGCGCUCUCGCUUCCACUCCCCAUCCUCCAAAUGGUCGCCUCAAAGAGAUACAAAGAGAGAAUCGUCAAGACGCUCACGGUCAAGAGAACGCGAAGACUUGCCCUCAAGUCGGUCAUCUCACCGUCGCAGCAAAGACCGGGACCGGGAUGCAGAGCGAGACUAUUCCAGAAGGGACCGCAGCCGUGAAAGGAGGAGAAGGCGAUCAAGAAGUCGCUCUCGAUCAAGGUCUAGGUCUCGGUCCAGAUCUAGAUCAAGAUCUCGAUCAAGAACGAGGUCUCACAGGCGAGGGCCUAGCCCUGAAAGGCCAAUGUCCAAAGAGGGGUCUCCCCAGAGAAAGGAGCGUAGAGGAGGCUGGAAAUCUGGGCUUGGUGGAGGCUCUGGUUAUGAGGGACGAAGAUAUCAAGGAGGUUCUAGCCGCUUUGAAAAUGGUCUGUCGCAAGAAAGCUCUCACGACAGACAGACCUGGUCGGAGAAUCCUGACUGGGUCACAGAAAAGACUCGGGGUGAAGCCGAAGACAGGAACCGGGACUCGGGCUUCAGUGGUAGUUCAAAAUGGGAAGACCAGCGCAGGGGUGGUGGAAACGAGGGGGAAUCACGUGGAUGGGGGGUUCGUGGAGGGUUUGACCGUGGUCGAAGCACAGGGCGGAGCGGUGGUAACCGCAGCUUCUACAACCAACAGGAAGAAAGCUCUGACACUCGCUGGCAGCCCAGAAACAAUUUCUCAGGUACAGGCAACAAUUCAGGGAAUGACUCCUAUAGCCGCUACAAUGAAAAUCGAGGAGGCAGCCGGAAGAAAGAGCCAGAGCCAGGAGACUCCACGAUGGACCGAUCAGGCUGGUCCUCAGCAUCCAGCUGGGCUGUGAGGAGGACACUGCCUGCUGAUGUGCAGGAUUAUUACUCCAAGAGGGAAAGAGGAGGAACCAGCAGCUGGAACAGACAAGAGGAGGAGGAGCAGCAGCCACCAGCAGAUACACCAAAGAGUGAUCCCCCUCCUCAGGUGGUUCCUGGCAACGCACCAGUUGCCAUGUUGAACGUGGUUCCUCCUCCUCCUCAGCUCACCGUUCUUCAUCAUCAGUAUCCCAUCCAGCACUUGCAGGGACCCCUACCGGUCAGCUUGCAGCCCACAGCCCCAUACGUCAUGCCUCCUCAGGUCCCCAUACAUCUCCACCCUGCUGUCCCGCUGCUGCAGGUGCCUACUGUCGGCGUCCAGGGCCUCCCGCCUCCUCCUCCACCUCCUCCACCCAUGCAGGCUGGGAGCCAGACUGUAGCAGUUGCAGCAACAGCUGCGACACAGCCUGAUGGCCACACAGCUCAGAUGGUGAACACAGUUGUAGGUUACGGCAAAUCAGCCCUCCUUCCCACAGCAACUAAAGUGGGUUUGGCAACAGUGUCCCAGGUUCUGCCGUCCUCUACAACUCAAUCCAGCCAGCACAGCAAGGCUCAGGCUGACAGCUCCAAAAAAGAAAAGAAACAACAGAUCCAAGAGAAAGCUGUAAAUGAAGUAAAGACAGCCAUCAAACCAUUCUAUCAAAGGAAGGAAAUCACAAAGGAGGAGUACAAAGAGAUCGUCCGCAAAGCAGUAGAGAAGGUCUGUCACAGCAAGAGCGGAGAGGUGAACUCCAGCAAAGUGGCCAACCUGGUGAAGGCCUACGUGGACAAGUACAAACACGCCCGCAAGAAAUGAACCUCCCAGUGUUCUGCUGCUCCUGGGGCGGCAGAUCCCCCUCAUUCUGCUGAUCCGAUCAAGUGCAAUUUCCUCCUGCUGGAAUGUGGCCUCCAAGCUGAAAGAUGACGGAGAGCCAGCAUUUUCUUUUUUUGGAUAUAUCUACCUUUUAUUCAAUGAAGAUUUGUUUUCUAUAGAUUUUCAUAUUUUGUUAGAAAAGAAUGACCUGAUCACAAAUUGUAAUGCAAGAGCCCUUUAUUUUGCUUAGAUCAUGGGACUUGGAACCACUCCACUGUAAGUGCAACAUAUCUUUGAGAGCUUACUAAAGAUGCACCAUGUGAAGAGUUCAUGUAGUGGAGAGCGUCCUAAUUUCAUAGCUUGAUUCAGUAUCAACGUUCCCUUUUAGAAAUAUGUAAUAUUUCAAAUGAAAGCAGUGCUUUUGUCUUUAAUAGCCUCUGUGGCCCAAUGAGGGCCUGCAAUCUGAGGACUGUGAUUGUAAUCAGGGCUCUGAUUGGAUCCACAGUCAGAUGCCCAGUCAGCAGUGAGUGUGAGGUCUUGAGGUGAAUGUGUAAUAUGAAUGUGUGUACAUGAGCUGUGCAAAGUAUCUGGAAAAUAGUUAAAUAAUCUAGAUGCCUCCUGCUGUGCUGUGUUUGUCAGAGGGUACAAACCAAUCAGGUGGUGUUGGGUGUAUAAACAUCUCUGAGCCACAUGGUGGGGUUAGUGCUCCUGGAUUUGUGAUAAACCUUAAUGCUCAUAUGAUUUCUGUUUGGGUGAUUUUGGUUUUUUUGUAGAAAAAUGUGUUUAAUUGUCUGAAUGGAAAUUUGAUUGUUGGGCAGUGAUGAAUAAAGAGGGGAUUUCAUGUAACAUGUCUAAUUAGAUCUUCGAUUGAUGGUCAUCAUUUAAAGCAAGAUCUUUUGUCCUUGAAGACUAAAGAUCUAAAUAAAGUUGACUUCAUUUUA